AUGAAUACGGGGAAGCCUGCUUCGGAUCGCGGGGGCAUCCGCAAGCGGGGUGCUACUGCACGGGUCGAUCGGGAAGGUGAUCUGGUGAUGGAUGCAGGCUCUGCUCGGAACCGUGGGAAGAAGGCUCGUGGCGAUUCUGGUCGUUCGAGCGGGGCAGGACGGGCACAGGCAGCGAACAAAGCCAUGGAUGCGAUUCAGAAGGCCAUUUCCAGCAAUUCGGACUCGCAAGCAAACAUCCGACAGGGGGCGCGAGGCAGUGGUCUGGAACAGGUUGUCGUGCGUGGCUGGAAACAAAGCAAGGCGGCAUCUAACCGCGAUGGUGGUCUCGAAUCCCUCAUCGCCUUUCUCGAGAAGAAACUCAGCUCACCCGACUCGAAAGCUGGCACCCGCGCGAGGAUUACAAAGGUAUGUGCAACACCAGACUUGGCGGUCACCGACAUGAAUCAUCAGCGUCGUCCUCUUCGAUGUGCUCUCGUUUCGGGGAUGUCGCGGGUCGAAGGCGACGCGCUUAUCGUCUCUAUCCGACCGGAGUUGUUGGAUAGGAUGCUUCAGCUCAAUGGGUUUAGUUUUGCAGGUGCUCCUCUUACGACCGAAAAAUAUGACCAGUCUACAAGUGGCAUGUUGGACCAGCCUAUGCUGUCUGCCAUGGCGCAGAAUGGCAGCUCGUCCUCAGCUGCUGAGACCAAGGCCAAAAUGACAACCAUUCUGGGAAAGCGCUACACCCAGCAGACAAAAUUGCUCGACCUGUCAAAGUUGGGAAGUGACCCAGAUCUAUUAUCCAUGGGAAUAUUCGGCAGCACCUCCACCGAAUCAAAGUUCUUCCCAGCACUCAUGAAGGUCUGGGAAUUGAAUUUCGACAAUGCGACGGCGCGCCGAGAGGCGGUGGAGAGUCUCGCCAACAUCUCAGCUGUGACGACAUUAGCGCAGACAAUCCCGGAUUUGAAGAAUCUCGACCUCUCGAAUAACGACUUCAAAGAUGCUCAGUCGUUGAUUGGAUGGCGCUGGAAGUUCCGGGGCCUGGAAUUCCUCGACCUAUCAAACACCCCAUUCAGCGCUGAUCCCACCUUCAAGGAUACAAUGCUGAAGUGGUAUCCCAAGCUCCGGUUUCUAAAUAAUGUCGAAGUCCGAACCGCGGAGGAACUGGCUGCGCAAAAGAAGACACCGAUUCCUGUCCAGGCGCCGUAUUUCCAGGACGAGGCUCAAAUUGCGCAGAACUUUGUGCCGGCUUUCUUUGCGGGUUAUGAUAAUGACCGCAGCGACCUUCUUAGCGGUAUUUACGACAGUCACUCUACGUUUACGCUCAACGUCAACACGUCGGCUCCCAGGGCUCAACAAACAGAACCUGCGCCCUGGGAUCCUUACAUCAAGAAGAGUAGGAACCUCCUCAAGAUUAGCCAUCUCCCUGCACGGAUGUCUCGGACAUACACCGGUGGAGAGAAAAUCCGCGAGUUGUGGACCAGCCUUCCUGCGACAAGGCAUCCCGACAUUACCGCGCAUCCUGAACAGUGGCUUAUCGAAUGCUAUCCAAUCCCGGGACUUCCUGAUGUUUCCGGGCAAAGCUCCACAGGUGUUGGUGGACUUCUUAUCAUGGUGCAUGGGAAGUUUGAUGAAAUCAACGGAGCCAAGGUCGAAACCCGGAGUUUCGACCGAACCUUCAUUAUCGGACCCGGUGGUGGUAUGGGCGGGAUUAGGGUCAUCAGUGAUAUCCUCUGCCUGCGAGCCUAUGGUGGACAUGAGGCAUGGGCCCCGGAAAUACCGCCAGCUGUACCUCAAGCAGCUCCUCCUGCAGCUCCUCAGGCGGCACCUCAAUCGAUGGUGGUACCGGGCGCUCCCGAAGGCUACGGUAUGCCGGCGCCUGGGAAAGCGGACGCGCAAGUACAGCAAGAGCAGCUGGUGCUCCAGAUGAGCUCCAACACUCGGAUGACUCUUCAAUACUCCGAGAUGGCUUUGUCUGGAAACAGCUGGAAUAUGGAGGCUGCAUUGAAGAACUUUGAGGAACUCAAGGCACAGGGAACUCUGCCUCCGGAUGCCUUUUUACCUGCAGUCUAGUUGAACAAGAAAGAAAAGGGGGGAUAAAGAAGAUAAAUUAAUGGACCAAACGGGAACAUUCAUGAACGACUCGAUUCGUCUGUCCACCCGAUUUGGUCUUCGCAUACCUGAAUUUUGUGCGGGGGGCUAUCCGGUGGUGUUUGCUUGGAGUAUUAUUGAUUAUUGUGUGGUUUGCUAAUGCAUGGCUUGGGCGAAUGGCUUCAGGGCUUGAUACAUUUUCAGAAGCUCUUUUCGAUGUACAAUAAAAGACCGCGAUGACUUUGAUGUCCAUAUAGAUGCGAGACUUGCGCUCAUUCAAAAACGGGGCGAACGCCCUCAGGACCGCUGCC